AUGAUUCAUAAAAACGACAGUUCUUUCACUAUAUCGCCUCAAAGUGUGUCUUUUGAUAUGUCUGAUGAGGAAUUAGAUACAUCAGUUGCAUCAACAUCGACUAAUAAUAUGCAUCCAGUAUUUAAUCAGUCAACAGAAAAUGCAUCUAUACUUMUUGUAAAUAAACGACAAAAAGGUUUAAUUUGGAAGUUUUUCACACUUGGUGACAAAGAUGAGUCUGGUGUUGAAAGAGGUAAAUGUUUAGAGUGUGGAGUGCAAAUAAAAAGGAAAUGUAGUCAAACUAAAUCUAUGAUAAAUCAUCUAAAAAUACAUAAAAAAAUAUUUGAAAAGUUUAAUGAUAUGAGCGACUUAAUAAAAACUGAAAAUGCUUCUAAAAAAAUUAAAAUGUCUCAACCGACAAUGCCACAAAUUAUAAACCUAACUCAAGCAUGGGCAAAAACAAAUCCAAAUGUAAAGGCACUUAAUGAUAGUGUAUCAAGGUUUAUCAUUCAAGGUUGCCAUGCUUAUUCUAUUGUCCAAGAGCCUGCAUUUUUAGAACUUAUGAGAAAAGCUGAACCAAGGUAUACUGUUCCAUCAAGGCAAUAUUUUUCUCAGAAUCAUAUUCCAAACGCUUUUGAAAAAGCUGUAAAUCAUGUUAGAAGUAUCAUUACUAAUGAAUGUAAAAGUGUUAGAUCUCUGUCAUUUACAACAGAUGGAUGGACUUCUCGUUCCAAUGAAAGUUACACAUAA